AUGUCUCUGCAUCUGCUUCAGCUGUUAGUGCUCUCAUGUUUUGGAGCCACAGAGUCACAGGGAGAUUCAUCACAAAGGAAAAGCAGAAGGCCAUUUCAGCACCACUUCUAUCUGGACAAAAAUCUGCUUCGAAGUCUGAGUUUUCAUGAGCUGGUAGGGGAAAACCCAACAGCUGUUGAUGAAACUCUGGAAGAACCAAGCUUUUUUGUAGCAAUUCCACAGACAGCAUCUGAAAGUGAGAAGCGAAAGGAGAAAAAAACAUCCAGAUUCAUUCUUCCCAAUGCAGAACUCUAUGCAGAGAAAGACCUGAGAACAUGGGCAGUACCCCAAAAGAUCUCUCCUGUGGAAAACUUCUCUCCAUUUCACUAUUCCAGCAAGAGAGAGGCUGAUCUUCCCUACAGAAAAGAUGCCAAGAAAUUCUGGGACCACUUCAUAUUAAAGAAAAAUUCAGCAUCUGAGGAGGUUGUUCUGCCAAUCAAGACCAAUGAAAUGCACCAAAACUGCAGAACCCUGCCUUUUUCCCAGGGUGUUACUCAUGAGAGCUGUGAGAAGGUGAUGGUACAGAAUAAUCUGUGUUUUGGAAAAUGUGGUUCCUCUCAUGUUCCUGCUUCAGAAGACCGUGUUUAUAACUUUUGUUCGCGUUGCUUGCCCAGCAAGUUCUCCAUGAAGCGCCUGGAUCUCAAUUGCACCAGUUCUUUCCCAGUGGUCAAGGAAAUAAUGAUUGUAGAAGAAUGUAAAUGUGAGACUCAGAAGAUUAAAGACCCUGAGAUUGGAUGUCUGUUGUCAGAUUUAUAUGCAAAUGUAGAGGAGCACAAUUAA